AUGGUGCGAAUCGGAGCUCUUACAAUAGCGCGUAGAAGACGAAAAGAGAGUCGACCACGGCGGCAACGGACCACCUUCUCAGCACAUCAAACGCUUCGACUAGAACUAGAGUACGCUAGAGGCGAAUAUGUUGCUCGUGCGAGACGCUGUGAAUUAGCGUCGGCAUUAUCACUCAGUGAAACGCAAGUCAAAAUCUGGUUUCAAAACAGAAGAGCUAAAGAUAAGAGAAUUGAAAAGGCUCAUCUUGAUCAACAAUACAGACAAUUAGCAGCAGCAUCAGGUUUCUUUCCCACAAUGCUACCAUCGUACCCGCCUCCACCGUGCCCGUGUUUGCCAGUGCAACCGCCACACAACGAUAAAUAAUUUUACUAAAUACAUAAUAUAUAUGUAUGUUUAUAAACAAGCAAAACUUCCGUUGCUAUAUGAAAAAUUGUUUAUGAAACACGUCCAAUGUUCUAACAAGAGCAUUUUUUGUGAAGGAACAUAAUUGACGUACUAAAAAAACCACUCACAAUCUCAUAUCUAUAUAUCUCA